AUGGAUAACCCUCCAGGGAACAACGAAGUCAGUGCGAGCUCGAGGCUUCUCGACUCCCAUACUUUCAACCAGCAGCAGACCGGUGGUGAUGCCCGCAACCGCUCCCAUGGCACCUUCACUCCGGCGUCUAUCCAGAGCUACGGGGAGGGCAGCCAGCUCUCGGAAACAGGAUACCUUCAGGGCAGAGACGGCAUCUCGUCUGCUCCCAGCGGUGGGAGAUCUGCCACCAAACAGCUAGCUGAGGCCCAUGGCUUGAAGAACCACAGAGCGAUGUACCUCGCAUACUAUGUGCCGUUCUUCAACUGGAUAACGCAGUACCGCUGGUCUUACCUCCGCGGUGACUUCAUCUCGGCCUUGACGGUCUGCUCCGUCUACGUCCCCAUGUGCCUCUCGUUGGCAUCCAAUGUUGCCCAUAUACCUGCCAUCAACGGCCUCUACUCGUUUAUCUUCCAUCCGUUCAUAUACGCCAUCUUCGGCAGUAGCCCGCUCUUGAUCGUUGGACCCGAAGCGGCCGGCUCUCUAUUGGUGGGCACCGUUGUUCGCAGCACGGUUGAGGACGGCAAAGGCAUCGAUGAUGAUCCUCGUGGUAAUGCUGCAAUUUCCGGUAUCGUGGUAGGCAUGUGCGGUGCCAUGACUCUUAUCGGAGGAAUCACCCGUCUAGGCUUCGUCGAUAACAUUCUCAGCCGCCCAUUCCUCAGGGGGUUUAUCAGUGCUAUCGGCUUCAUGAUUAUGGUUGACCAACUUGUGCCCGAGAUGGGGCUGAGUGACCGAGCCAGAGAGGUGCUGCUUGGUACAUACGGCAGCUCCGCAGAGAAGUUGAUGUUCCUGAUCCAGAAUGUGACUUACAGCCAUGGUCUUACCUGCGCCGUUUCAUUCAGCACCAUUGCGAUCAUCAUGGUCUUCAGGGUCCUUAAGAAGCACCUGCAGCCGCGGUAUUCAUGGGUUGUCUUUUUCCCGGAACAGUUCAUCGUCGUCGUGCUAUCUGCGGUCUUAACCUGGGCACUGGAGUGGGAUAAAAAGGGGCUUGUUAUUCUUGGAAACAUCAAAGGCACCAGCAACCUAUUCAGGUUUGAGUGGCCUUUCCAGGCACACAACCUCGAAAACAUACGCAAUGCCAUGAGCACCUCAUUCAUCAUCUCUCUUCUGGGUUUCUUUGAGUCCUCCGUCGCAGCAAAGGGCAUCAGAUCUGCCACUAAAGCCGGCAUCGAGGGCAUGACUUAUAGCCCCAAUCGUGAACUCGUCGCUCUAGGUGUUUCUAAUAUGGUUGGCGGGUGCUUCCUAGGUCUUCCCGCCUUUGGUGGAUAUGGUCGAAGCAAGCUCAGUGCCCUAACCGGUGCCAAAACUCCAAUGGCUGGAAUAUUUGUUGCCUUGAUCACCCUAGCAUCCGUCAUAUGGUUGCUUCCAUAUUUCUAUUACCUCCCGACGGCGGUUCUCUCUGCUUUAAUCUCGGUGGUUUCUUAUACACUCAUAGAGGAAUGUCCCGAAGAUAUUCGCUUCUUUAUCAGAAUCCGUGGUUGGUCAGAGCUUGCUCUGAUGCUACUUAUCUUCUUCUCAACCUUCUUCUACUCCCUAUAUCUCGGCAUCGCCCUUGGGUUGGGGCUCUCUCUUCUGCAAAUAAUCCGUCACGCUACCAAGCCACGCAUCCAAAUCUUGGGCAAAGUACACGGAACGCGAGACCGGUUUGAGAACGCUGAAAUCCACCCUGAGCGUGUCGAGUAUGUUGCUGGCUCGCUAAUCGUGAAGAUUCCUGAGCCUCUUACCUUCGCCAAUACUGGCGACCUUAAGAACAGGCUACGCCGGCUGGAGUUCUACGGCACGAAUGCGGCACACCCUGCUCUGCCUCGCGUCAGAGCACCGGAGCACAAUAAGAAUAUUAUAUUUGACAUUCACGGCGUGACAAGCAUUGACGGAUCUGGCGUGCAAGUGCUCAGCGAAAUAGUCGAGGAAUACGUCUCUCAUGGUGUGCGGGUGUUUUUCUGCCGCAUUCCACUUCCUGGAAGCGAAGUGUUCAAAAUGAUGGAGAACAGUGGCAUCAUCGAUACCUGCGGCGGUAUAUCCCACUUCGUACCCACCGUCGAAAACGCACUCCAACUGGCAGAGACAGAGUAUGUAAACUACGAGUGA